GUAUCAAAUACUCUCUCACUUGGCUUUUGACUUCUACUUUACUUUACCUCCUCAGCAUUUCAAGCUUCCACUUUCAAUUCGACCCACUCGAUUUCAACUCUGACUAUACGAACCGAGACCACCGAUGAGCUCAUUCGUUUCCGCUAGACCAUGUCGAUACUACAAAGCAGGAUACUGUUGGAGAGGUUCAUCUUGUGGAUUUCAUCAUUCCGAACUUACGAACACUUCAAUACGACAUACUCCUCACGAUUUACCUAGCAAACCACCUCAUUUACCGCCUAUUCUUGACGAUGAACAUGAGAAUCCAGAAACUCCAAUCGCUUCUACUUCUACUUCGAAACCUGUGGACAAAUCGAACAAACCAUCAGAACUUCCUGAGAAAGAUCCAGAUGAAACUUGUGGGAUUUGUUUAGAUUAUCCUGAGACUUAUUAUGGAUUACUUUGUUCAUGUUCUCAUGUAUUUUGUUUACCAUGUAUAAGAAAUUGGAGAACUCAAAGAGGAAAAAGUUCAGACCAAGUAUCCAUGGGUAUCUUAAGACGUUGUCCACUUUGUAGAAUCGAAUCCACUUAUUUAGUCCAAAGUCCAAAAUUUUAUCCAAAUGGAUCGAAACAAAAAGAUUUGAUCGUUAAAGCUACAAGAGAAAAAUGGGCCGAGAAACCUUGUAAGAAUUUCAAUAGGUUUGGAAAUUGUUCUUUUGGUAAAGAAUGUUUUUAUAAGCACGUCAAUUUCGAUGGACAAAUCGUAGAACUACCACAUACUCAUCAAGAAUGGUUGAGCACACGUGCAGAACCCGAUUUUCCAGGCACAUCACUUGUACAAAGAGCAACCGGAAAUGGUUUAGAACCUAUGCAUAUGUUAGCUAGAUUAUUAACCAAUCAACCUACAGUAAGAGACUAUCUAGUUAGGGUCACUGGAUCUACUGUUGAAGAGGUUGAUUUACUUCUUCAAAGGUUCGCUAGUGGUCAACGCCUUGAAAGACCAAUCGUCUUUGGUCAUCGAGGGUCACGUGUCGCUAGGGAAACGGAGACGGGUCAAAGAGAGGGACAGGACGCUUCAGUUCAGAAUUCGGUGUCGCAAGAACCUGUUAUCGCUACUGAUGCCGAGCAAAGCGAUGCGAUUCAAUCCGGUGUAGGCCGGUCGAGUGAUGGUGAAACGAGACUAGCUGAUACGCACGCCAGGGAGGCAAAUGAACAUAUCGACCCUCGGAUUACCUCAGAUGUGGAACUUAGGAGUGGGCAUGAACUAAUUGUGAAUAACGAAGUCCCCCAGAAUGUCGCUGUUAGGGAGGUGGAAAUUACAGAGGUAGCUAGUGAAAAUUGUGACGGUGUUGUAGAUCAAUUACCUACUCCAGGUCCAAGUGCGUUGGUAGGAGGAACUCAUAACGGUGAACGUGAUCAGAUCUCCAGCUCAAGUUCUGUUGAAAGCACUGGGGAGCCAACUACUCAUGGUGUGAUCCCAACGGCGGAAUUGAAUGAUGAAUUGGUCAUUCCUCAGACAACUUCUGAACCAACCAACCGGGUUACACUUACACCAUCCAUCGAACCGUCAACUUCUUCUACACAACCAGAACAGACUGCUGUGCAAGUCUCUACUACCACUCAAAGUGACUCGACAACUUCGACUCAACCUCAACUCGGCUCUCAACCAAAUCCCACGAAUCCCCCACCCGAAGCCCAAUCCACAACCAAUCCUUCAACCGACCCAAUUCCACCCCCAAUCCCGAUUCCAGAUCCAACCCAACCAACUUCCACAACAAGCAAUGAAGAAACCUCAAUUUCACUUUCACAAAACGUUGCACCAUUAGCCAGAGCAAUCUUAGGACCUGAUCUACAAAGAGUGGCGGAUGAAGUAGAAAGGCAUAUUAUGGAACUGGUUUCGGAUUUUUUAAGUUUAGAUGAAUCGGUUGAAGUUAGUAGACUUGCUACUCGUUGGUUAAGAGGAAUCAUUGGUUUGAAUUGAAAUCUUUUAAAGAAAAUCAAUGUCAAUCUUUGUGGGGUUUUUUUGAUUUUAUAUUCCUACUUUCAUGUUUGAAUGAGUUUGGUCUUGUUGGUUUAUGAAGCUUAGGUUUUUUACAAUCUUACUACAAUCUUAUGAUUGUGAUGAUAUUUCUUAUUUGUAUUUCUUAUUUAUCUGUUUUGUUAGUUUGAUUUGGUUUCAUCAUAUUCGAAAUCACAUGAUUUCUCUAUCCAAAUUCCUUCUCAAUAUAUUUAUUUUUGUAGAGGAUUGUAUCACAAUUUUUUGUUUAUAUCUAUUUAGCUUUAUGCAUUCAUUACGAAUUUCAUAUUUC